UUGGCUUUAUGCUGUGCGGUAUAAAUACAUAUUAAUCCUCUCCAACCGGCGUGGUCGUGACUGUGCGGUAUUCUACUGGAUUAAGCUUUUUGGAAUGGGAAUUGAGGAUGAAAGCUCGGUCGAGGCGGCGGCGGCAGCCCGUAGGGAGCGGCUCAAGGCCCUCAGAGCUGCCCAAGAGCUUCACGAAACCCCCGACGAUGAUAAGGAUGCUAGCCAAGACCAACAAGAAAAUGAUGAGAAUUUCCAAAUGAAAUUCCGAAAUUAUCUGCCUCAAGACAAGCACCUUCAGGAGGGUAAACUUGCCCCUCCAGUAUUACCCAAGUUCGAUGACCCUAUGGCAAACCUAACUCCACCCCAAGACAAAAAGGAGAAAAAUGAGGAUCCCUUCUUGAAUAUUGCCCCCAAAAAACCGAAUUGGGACUUGAGGAGAGACGUACAGAAGAGGCUUGACAAGCUUGAGAAGCGCUCACUCAAGGCUCUGCAUCAACUAGGGGAGGAGGAAGAGAAGAGAAGAUUGGCUGAAGAUCUGGGCACAAAUUCUUGAGAUUUCAAAGUGUAACCUUUACUUAUGUAGCUUUGUACCGUUAGAGAUUAUGCAUAAUUUGUUUUAUUAUGAAUUAAUCAAAUUAAGAUUUGAGAUGUGAUUUGGUGUUAAAGAUUGUCAUGUUUAUCUAUUA